AUGGGUUCUUGUUUGAGCAAGAACGGGUCGAACAGAUAUGUGCAGCAAGCUGCCAUGGGUUCAACUACGCACACCCCUAUAAUGGGGCAUACAGGCAUGGUAAUACAGCAAGGUGGAAUGCCUGUAGCCGCGCCUCACCAACAGUUGCAACCAAACUGGGUUAAUAAUCAGCAAGCUAGAAAUAGCUUACCAGGAGCUAAUAAUCCUACAAUGGUGUCUGGCCUGAAUCAGGGUCGACCAAAUCAACCGAAUCAAUACACUCCUAAUCCCGUCAAAAAUAUAAAUUAUAAUAAAUAUAGGCCGGGAAAAACUGGCCCCAAUCCGCCUCUGGUCCAUUCGGGCGUGUCACUGGCGCCUAUGCCGGGAGGAACCAACAGUCCAGCCAACACAUUCGUCAUGAACAAUGGAAGCACAAUCAACAGUGCAACCGCCACCCAGCACCGACAAGGAACAGCAGGAUCCCAGCACAAAAGCAGCACGGGUGGGGGAAGUGUGAGGUCGUCUGGAGGAACUGUUCAUGGUCAUCAAGGAGGCAUGCCGUCAGGGACUCCAGGGAUGAACAACCGAGAUUCGCCCUCCAGGACUAACAAGAAUGUUUUCAUUGCCAUGUUUGACUACACUUGUCAAACAGACGACGACCUGCCAUUCAAGAAGGGAGAUCUGUUGGAAGUGGAGAGUACGAUGGGGGAGUGGUGGAUGGCCACACAUAAAGCCAAUGGCAAGAGAGGAUACAUACCCUCCAAUUAUGUAGAGUCAUACAGAUCCCACAGAGCAGAGCCAUGGUUCAUGGAAGAAAUAACGCGUCUAUCAGCCGAAUGCAUGCUACGAGAGUGUGCCAAAGGCACCUUCUUAGUCAGACCUGCCGAGUCAAGGAGCAACGAGUUUUCUCUAAGCGUCAAAGACAACUCAGAGGUGAAGCACUACCGGAUCCGAAUGAACGACGAAGGCAUGCUCUUUAUAGCCAAGAGGAGCACCUUCCCUAACCUAGUCCAACUCGUAGAACACUACAAGCAGCACUGCGAUGGUCUAUGUGUGAAGCUAGUGGCUUCAAUAGAGCAAAAUGAGGGUCCAGUAAGGACUCUUCAGAGUCUGUCGAAAUCGCAUGAGGUGAAUUGGGUGAUAUCGCUGAAGGAUCUCCAGUUCGGAACCAAGCUGGGAUCCGGACAGUUCGGAGAGGUGUUCAGAGGUUCCUGGAACGGCAAUAAAGAAGUGGCUAUUAAGACUCUAAAACAAGGUACAAUGGACAAAGAGGACUUCAGAAGGGAGUCGAAUAUUAUGAAGAAGCUGCAACACAAGAACCUAGUGGCACUCUACGGGGUGUGCAUAGAGCCUCUGCUUAUCGUGACAGAACUCGCCAAGCAUGGAAAUCUCCUAGAGUUCUUCAAAAAGGCAGAAGGCAGACUAGUCUAUAAAGAUCUUAUCAUGAUGGGAAGCAACGUAGCCUCGGGAAUGGCGUAUCUGGAGCGCAACGGAUAUGUACACAGAGAUCUGGCUGCCAGAAACGUGCUGGUCCAUAAAGAGCGUCCAAUCACCUGCAAGAUCGGAGACUUCGGACUUGCGAGGAAGAUGACGCAAGAGAACCUCUAUGACGCGCACCAGGGGGCCAAGUUCCCCAUUAAGUGGACAGCGCCUGAAGCUGCAACUAAGAAUGUGUUCACGACCAAGUCAGACGUGUGGAGUUUCGGGAUCCUGUUCUACGAAAUCUGCACCAAGGGAAGAACGCCAUAUGCUGGAAUGAGCAAUGCAGACGUGUUACGUGAAGUUGAGAAGGGAUAUCGGAUGCCGAAGUUGGACUGCAUCGAGCCUAAGUCCUACGAGAUUAUGAGCAACUGCUGGCGUCCAGAAGCCAACAAAAGACCCACGUUCGAAGCACUCCAACACAUACUAGACGACUACUACACGAGCAACGACGACGCAAACUACAACGAUGAUGUCAGAUGAUUCCUGUCACGUGAUCAAAUUCUAUCUUACGUGAUCAAACUCUGUCCUCCAAUUUUUCUUCACCUCAGAAAGUAGCGCAAUAAAACAUCCCAAAGGUCAAAUAUAUCUAUCAUUUCUUCGGACGAUUCUACCGGCAUCGUCGCUAUACUGAUAUAACUUUUGCAAAGAAAUGAGUGAUCAAAGAAAUGAUUUCACAACACGCAGUAUUGGUUCUGUUUCAACCGAGGCGAUACAAAAGGAUGACCUGAUAGUUCAAAUACUCCUGUCAAUCGGAAAGGUCAACUUAAUUGUGCGCUGUCAGAUAAGUUAGUUAGAUAAAACUUUUUUCUAUGCUUUAUGCGCCUUUUUUCCAUCUAUCCUUUAAAUGUGAUUUGACUCGUCUGUCGGGUUAAUAAAUGCAGUAAAAGUGAUCGCUUAUUUUUACCAAUUUUCAACCUAUUUUUGUAGUGCUUUCAUAUUUGUAAAUAUUUAUUCCUGCCUGAUGCGCAUCCUUAAUCCCUUAAAUUUAAUUUUUUUUUGAUAAAUCGGUAUAAUCAAAUCGUCGAAAAAUCAGUCUUUUUGGAACUAACUGGAAUUGAAAUUUUUUAGAACUGAUUUUUGUUGAUGUUUCUUUUGGCAAAUUAUGGACAGCAUGAUUUAAAGAUUUAAUAAAUUCUGUGAUCAGCGUACGCAUAAAUUUGUUUUUAUUAUGAGCUGUUUUACAAAAAAUAUAUGCACAUAUUUUGCACUUUGUUGAGUUUAUCCGUCAAUUGAGUCAACCUAAAAUCCUGCGCUACUAAGCUUUUAUGAAGUUUCUGGUGUAAAUCAAAUCAUCGUCGUGCUAGCAAGGGUUUGAAUCUUUGCACACUUAGUCGCAGAGCUUAAAAUUGAUUUCUUAUAAAGGUUCUCAAUCUAGAAAAACAGCUUGAUUUUCUGAAGUUCUAAUCAAUUUCUUAGAUGAACAGUAAAUGCGUAAUUUUAAAUCAAAUUGAUACUGUUCGUUAAUGCUUUAUUUAUGAUUAAUUGAGGCAAAUUUGCUCAUUAUUGUGUUCGGUGCGAUCUCAAAUAAUAUAGGUCAAAUGUCACUUGCGAUUGUAAGUGACUUGUUAAUUCACAUCUUUUCUCAAUA